GGGCAGAGUGUCCAUCAAGGUACAUACACAACAGUCAGACCUUGACCAUUCCAGGUUCGCUCCGGUAAGGUUCAUUUCCCUUGCGCUUACUGCAUUGACUACACCCACUGCACACCCGCUCGAGAGCCAGGUAGUUACUGUCAAGCCCAUCGCAUCUCGACGGCGACCCAUCGUUUGACGGCAGUGGAUGCGAGUCGGGUGUAACUAAAUUAGAACUUGGCAACACUCGGCAAGCAGCAGUGGUACUCGUGGAAGGGGAGAGUACCGUCAUGGUCAGGCAUCGAGGGAGAGGCAAGAAUGAGGAUAAAAAGCAGACCGUCAUCCUGUAAAUCUGUAGUUUCAAUGAGGGAUAUUGACAACUCAUUCUUCUCAAUCUCAGAGACUCCAACCAACAGCUCAAGCAUACAACUCACACCCUACCUACGUUACAUUUCUCUGUCAAUCCUACCUCGGCAAUCUCAUCAAGCCAGCCAACAUGUUGGCCCGGACCUUCUUCCUCGCCGCCAUGGGCCUGGUGCUCCAGGUCGCCGCUGCUCCUGGAUCAACAGGUUCCCUCUCCCAGCUGAAGCGCGAGGAGUGCAGUGAUGGAGGCAUGCUACUCCUCUCUGGUUGCAAGCCUGGCCAGGAGACCUGCGAGUUCUGCUGCCCGCCGGGAUUCAAUGCGAACCAGUGGUGCCACGCGGGCCACGGGGCAAAUAGCUGCCAGGACGCUGGCUGGGGCGAGUGGCACUGCGACGCACACGCGAAAAAACAGAAGCGAAAUGCCGUUCCUGAGACUUCGGGCUCUGGUCUUCAGCUGAAGCGCCAGAGCUGUAUCGCUCCGCCUGGCUGCUCGACAGGCCAUGAUGCUUGCGAGUUCUGCUGCCCACCGGACGUGGAUCCGACCACCAUGGGGGAGCCAUGGGACGAGUGCCAUCUUGGGCAUGAGCCAUACAACUGCGAGGGAAUUGAUAUCGAGUGGCACUGCGACCAUGACGAGCACAAGCGCAAGCGCUCACUUGCUUAGGUAGCUGCACGGCCAUACACGACACGGCAGUACC